AUGGGCAGCUAUUUGAGUUUGGUAUGUUUCCUAUUUUUCAUCAUUGAUACCGGUUACACCGAGUUUAGAGGAAAUUUGGGCAAUUUAUGACUAUUUUUAGCUUCAUGAAAUUUUUAGAAAGCUUAUAUGAUGACUUCUCAAGCUUUUGUGUUAAGCUGAGGUAAAUAAUUUUCAAGCGCAGCAUCGAAAUCAUUUUGAAAAACAUUCUUCACAAACUUUUUUCUCAAAAUAAGCGAGUUUACAGUGCUGGUGUUCCGACGACGAUGCCGAUGAAGCUGAAUAUUCAAAUCGUAAAGCUGAACUUCUCAAACAAAACGACGAAAAUCGGAGAAGGAGCAGGGAAGAUCAUCAAAAAAGGCUGAAACAAAUGGAAGAUGACGGCAGGAAUAAUUCGCUACGACUAAGGGAAGAUGCAAGGCGGGAAAACGAAAAUUACGCAGCUUUGAGGCAAGAAGCUCGAAGAAAACGGAUUCAAGAAGAAAAAGAGCAAGCAGCAGCUCACCGGGCAAUCCUAGAAGCUCGAGACGAAGAACAUCGCGAGAGAAUGGAGCGACUACAAGAAGAAUUUGAGAAAAACUCUGCAGCUAACUGUAGUAAUCGUCGAAAAACGCAAGAAGUUGAGCAGACUUCGCUGGAAUAA